AUGAUCCUCGUCGUCCUCGCUAUAGUCGCGGUUACUUACUACGCUGUAGUCAUCGCGAGUUACGGCCCUGAGUUAUCGAAGGGAGGCUCCACGUCGUUCAUUGCGUUCCUCGUGCUCGCCGUCUUCCACGGCCUCCUCGGCAUGCUGCUCUGGAGCUACUUCUCCGUCGUGCUCACGGACCCUGGUGGUGUACCACCCGACUGGCAUCCCUUCUUUCGCGGCGACGAUGAUCUCGAGGCUCAGUCGCUGCAAACCCUAGACACCCACAGGCAAGCCGCCCUUGGGAGUUACCCCCCUUCUGCCGCCGCCUCUGCUGCUGCUGACUCUGGUCGGUCAGGCUCCGCUGCCAGCGUGGCAAGCGCUGGCGGCCUGUCCGAGUCAGCAUCCGACGAUCGCGAUAAUGACGAUGACAGCUCAGCAAUGGAUGACCCUCGUGCUGCUCUUGUGGGGCCCGCGGGCGGCAGGGCGGGCAUGGAGAACGGAGGGAAGCAGCAGGACCACCAGCAGCAGCAGCAGCAGUCGCAGGCAGUGCCGCGGGGAGGGGUUGCAGGGAUGAUUGGGGGGAGAGACGGAAGGGCGGACGCGGGGAUGGCGAGCGGGGCAGUGGAGAUUCGGCGGUGCAAGCGGUGCCUGCAGUUCAAACCGCCUCGAGCGCACCACUGCUCUGUCUGUGGGCGGUGCAUAUUGAAGAUGGACCACCACUGCGUGUGGGUGAUCAACUGCGUUGGCGCUAAGAACUACAAGCAAUUCCUGCUCUUCCUUUUCUACACAUUUGUAGAGACAGCAGUGGUGGCGGUGGCACUGCUGCCGCACUUCAUAGACUUCUUCACCACACCGCCCUCCGCCAGCGACGACGCCACCAAGCUCGCCACCGUCUUCCUCUCCUUCGUGCUGAACAUAGCAUUCGCCGUGAGCCUGCUGGGAUUCCUCAUCAUGCACGUGUCGCUCGUGCUCGGCAACACCACCACCAUCGAGGCGUUUGAGAAGAGGGGGUCGCACAGAUGGCGCUACGACCUGGGCAGGCGAAGGAACUUCGAGCAGGUAUUCGGCAUGGAUAGAAGGUACUGGUUCCUACCAAUGUAUUCACCAGAGGAUCUGCGCAGAAUGCCAGUGCUGCACGGCCUAGACUACCCCCACAACCCCAAGUACCUGCAAGAGUUUGAGGUUUCCAGAAGAUGA